AUGAAGAAAGAAGACAAAGCUGGUCGUCAAAUACUGGUAUCUGCACCUGCUAUGAACAUGACAAGUCGAGUCACCAUUCCAGUUCGCAUGUCUCCAUCACCAAAUCUGUUGAGUCCAAACAUCUAUGCAGGACCUGUGCUUGGGAAUGAUGUUGGAAAUGGUUUGAAGUAUUCGUACAGUGAACGAACAUAUACUCUUCCAAGCUAUGUCAGUUACUAUGAAACCAUUNGAAUUUCAUUGUUGGCAUUCAAUGAGUACGAAUAUGUAACGUGA